AUGAAUGACUAUGUCAAUUCCCAUCAAGACAAGUCGCGCAACGCAAUGAACAAGGCAGUAGAAGCCUCCUUUCAGGCUUGGGUGGAGGAGCUUCGGGCAGACCAAGCCCAAUUCACAAGUGAAAAGGUGAUGUUGGAGAAGGAGGGCGCAAAAGCGAGGAACAAAUUGGUUCGUCAGCUUGAGGGUGAGAGCACUGUGAUGCCUCAAUCCAGAGGAUGGAUUCGUGAUCAGGCAAGUGAGUUGGGGUGUGCGCCCGACGACCAUGGGGUGGUGCUGUUCCUCAACGCACCGGCCAUUGGUGUGGUUUCAGCAGCACGCAACAAUUUCAUUUUGAAUUACAUCACCAACAUUCUGACAGAAUGGCCCACGAAUUCUGUGUGCUUUAUCGUGCACCCGAACCGUGCCAGCCAACAAGAAGGGAGGACCAAACCUGCAAGUCUCAUCAUCUCAUUGUGUCCUGGCAGGAAAUCCGGAAUGAAGAAGGAGGAGGACGAUGAUGACGUGGACAUGGAGACGGAUCUUUCGCUGCCUGAGCGGAACUUGCGGGUGCGAAGCCUGACAUAUGUCUUUGAUCCAGAAUCCAUGUAUGGUAAACGAGAAGGAGUUUUGCCUGGCUUGGUUGUGAUGUCCAACCACCCCAAGAACUUCUACAAGCAAACGCGUGGAUUCAAAACUGGCACGGUGAUGGGCAUCCAGAUGCUGGCCCGUGCCAACAUGGUGAAGCCUGAAUCUGUGAGCCCAAGCAAGCUGCCUCAUUUGGGCAGAGCGUUCACAGACAUCCAGGAGCAAAAGCAAGUUGCUGGGGGCACCGACUUCCUGCAGAAGACCUUGGAAGCCUUCUCUGUGGCCUCAAUCAAGUCGCAAAUCUUGAUCGACAUGCAUGCAUACGACGGGUGUUGUGCACUGUCGGCUGUGGAGGACAUUUCUGCUGGCAAGAGCACUGUCUGUGGAACACUAUGCCUGGACCACUCUGGCUCAGACAUGAUGCAGAGGAUUGGAAAUGUGAUUUACGAAAGAUGUCGGGCAUCCACCCUCACGUUGCCAGGGUUCCCGGACUUUGGUCCGACCAUUGCUGCCUUGAGAAACAGCAGUGUCCAGGAACGUACCAAGAGCUACAGAGUGAGUGCGCAACAACAUGACACUCUCAUGGUGCUCGAAGUUUAUGCCAAGAAAUGGCUGUCCACGGAAAGUACCAAGGAACGUGCACAGGAGGUGAUCCAAUCACACAAUUCGGAAUUCAAUCCGACCGACAAGACAGAAGCUGAGUCAGCACGCGUGGAACAGCCACCUGCGAAGCGAGUGAAGCUGGAAACCGUGACUGAGCAGGAGCUAUCGUGCAGCUUUGGAGGGGGCGAGUGGAGGGAUGGAGCAGAAGCGGAUGAGGUCCUUGCCAAUGCUGAAGGGCGCUGGAUGAGCUUCUGUGCCACCAACAUGACGCUGGUGCUCCUGGAGCGCAAAGGCUUGCCAGAGCAUUUGGCAAGCAUGGACAGCUUGGAAACCGUUGUGACAUUGCAAUCGUUGAUUUGUGAUUUGCAGGAUCUUGGAGAAGUCAAGUUGGAGCUUUCUCACCACAAGAUGGAGGAUACUGAUUGGGUCAACAACAAAUCGCUGGUGUUCGUUCUUGACCAGCCCCCGCAGCCACAGGAUCCACAAAAGAAGAAGGGCAAAAAAAUCAAGGGUACUGUGCAGAUUUCAGCCAAGAAUUUCGGAAGUUGGAUGAGUGUGACAAAGUUGAAAACGGCUGGUGACACAGUGAAUAUCGCAUGGCGUGUUCGGUUUCCCGUCUUUGAACAAAUAUUGCCAAAACUGAUACAGAAUGUAUGUCUCACAAACAUGAUGCCAAAAAAAUGUAUUUGUUUUCUUCGCUGCCUCAGGUUGGAUGCCAGCAACUCCAACGGGAUCAAGGUCAUUACUCCGAUUCGACCUAUUCUGGUUUUGGCACACCAACAUGACUUGAAUGAGACGACGCUGCGCUUGAUGUAG